UGCACUGUAUAUAAGAUCAGCUUGUCAGGAAGUAAAAUAUUAGUGCAUAUAUAAUUUUAAUUAUUCGUCGAUGAUUAUCGAUCUUCAGAGUUAAAAAAUAAAGAAAAAUUGUGACAAAAAUGAAUAGGUUCCUCGUUCUUAGUGCUUUGGUAGCUGUAGGUACUUGCAGACCUGGUAUAGUCUCAUCAUCUUACGGUGGAGGCGAGCACACCGACCUGAGCCUAGCAGGCCUAUCUUUCGGCGGCGCCGACCACGGCCUGAGCCACAGCAGCCUGGGAGUGGGCGGCCAAUCCCUGGACCUAGGCGGCGGCUACGGUGGCGGCGGCAGCAGCGGGGGCGGCUAUGAGAGCGGCGGCAACAGCGGCGGCGGUGAUUUCCAUCACGGCGUCAGCAUAGUGGGCGGCGGAGGAAACUCCCAAGGGCAGACCAUCGACUUGACUCACCAAGGAGGUGGCCAUCAUGGUCCAUUCGGAGGCAGUUUCGUAGCUUCGAGCAAAUACUCUGCCGGAGGACACGGAGGUGAGUCUGGAGGAUCUGGUGGACACGGAUAUGGUGUUUCUGAGGGUGGUUUCGAAGGACACUACAGUGACGUACUAGGUGCCAGUGAAGGUUCUUCUGGAGGCUACGAAUCACUAUCAUCUGGAUCCUUUGGUCACUAAAACGCCAUUUCAUAUUUCGACAAGACCAAUUUUAUAAUAUCUUACAAAAGUAUAAUGUUUUAUUUUGUUAGUUGUACUUAUUUAGAUUUUUUUUUCUUACUAGUCGAAAGUGUAUUAUAAAAUUGGUACAUGUACAUAAAUCUUGUUGUAGUUUUUUUAAUAUCUUUAUUGUUGACUAGUUUUAUAUGUUGUUGACUGUUUUUUUUUAUAAAAUUAAAUAAAGCUGUUAAAUACA